AUGGCAAAUCAACACGAUUAUUUUCAAAAUCAAUUGUCGACAAUGUACGAGUACAAUGCACAAUUGGCUACCCUUCAACAUCAUCCAAAUUUUGAACAUCACUUUGCCGCAGAAUUUCCUAAAAGAGCAAGAAUGGACUGGAGUGAAGCUGCCUCAAAUGCUGGUACAUUUGCAGUGUUAAAUCACGUCAACUAUCGCGUUCCAAGUUCGCAUUUUACUGAUGCUCAACUAUUUCAUCACGCUAACAAUACAACUGCGUAUCCAACCACGAGUGAAAAUACAUUUACUGAACUGCAACUUCACCGAACCCUUCCCAUCAGUCCUGCUCCUUCACCUCCCCCUUCUUCAAAAAAUACCAUUGACAGCCAAGAAAGACCCACUGGUUCUCGUCUUACACAAGAUGCGAUGAGAAAAUACUUACGAGAGCUUGCCAGCAACGAACUUUUAAAUUCGACAGUAAUAAUACAACAUGCCAAAGUCGCAAAAUCAUAUGGUAACGAAAAAAGGUUUUUUUGCCCACCUCCAUGUGUUUACUUGGUCGGUCAUGGCUGGAAUUGUCGAAAAAGUUACAGUAUGGUGGCUGAAAACCGUGACAAAGACUCCGAAACAGUCGCUUUUAUCGGUAUAUCAAGCGGUAACCAAGGAGAACACGAAUAUCAACAGCUGUCAAUGGAGGACAGACUUGUUGAAAAAAAAUAUUGUUACGGUGCUGCAAAAACGCUAUUUAUUUCUGACGCAGACAAAAGGAAAAAUUUUCUCUUGUCUGUCAAACUUCAUCAUCCAAACGGAGAUACUGUUGGUGUCUUCUCUUCAAAAAGAAUAAAAGUAAUUUCAAAACCCUCGAAGAAGAAACAGUCUCUAAAGAACGCUGAAUUAUGUAUCCAAUCAGGUAGCACCGUGGCUCUCUUUAAUCGUUUACGAUCUCAGACAGUGAGCACUCGCUACCUUCAUGUUGAGGAUAGAAACUUUAGAGCCAGUAGUACUCAAUGGGGUGCAUUCACUAUUCAUUUGCUUGAUGAUGAUGAAGACGAAAGUGAAGAGUUUACUGUUAAAGAUGGAUAUAUUCAUUAUGGUUCUACUGUCAAACUAGUGUGCUCUGAAACUGGAAUGGCCUUACCUAGACUGAUAAUCCGUAAGGUAGAUAAACAGACGGCUUAUCUUGACGCAGAUGAUCCUGUUUCCCAGCUACAUAAGGUUGCUUUCUAUAUGAAAGAUACAGAACGAAUGUAUUUGUGUUUGUCACAGGAGCGCAUCAUACAAUUUCAGUCGACUCCAUGUCCAAAAGAUUCUAAAAAAGAAAUGAUCAACGAUGGAGCGUCAUGGACAAUAAUAAGUACUGAUAGAGCGGAAUAUACAUUUUUUGAAGGUAUGGGUCCUAUAUCAUCUCCUGUCACUCCUGUUCCAGUUGUUUCAAAACUUGACCUUAAUGGUGGUGGUGACGUCGUCAUGUUAGAAUUGACGGGUCAGAGUUUUACAGCUAAUUUACGUGUUUGGUUUGGUGAUGUUGAAGCGGAUACCAGCUACAGGUGUGCUGAAACUCUUCUGUGUCUUGUGCCAGACAUCUCUUCGUUUCAAUGUGCUUGGAAGUUUGUGCGCCAGCCGAUACAGGUACCAAUUAGCCUGGUUCGAAAUGACGGUAUAAUAUACCCUACCAACCUUACCUUUACCUACACACCUGAGUCUGAAGAACGACCUCGUUGUAUAGAGGCAAAGGUUAUACAAAAGAGCUUUUCAUCCACCAACGUCGAAACGUCAUCAUGUGAAAAUAUGCCAUCAUGACAUGAUAUCAUUUCAUAAAACAAUGUCAUGGACGAUGUCACUGUCUUUGAUCUAUGAUUACUUUCUACACGGUUUUCAUUGGAUGAUAUGAUUACAUCAUCGCAUGGUGUCAUUUGACAAUAUCGCGAGAUUGUCUGUCGAAAUGAUGACACACAUCAAAGAGGCAGAAGCUUUUGUAACAAAAAUAUCUUAUGCUUGUUUAGUCAUCUAAGCAUUGUUAUGAAUUUGCUGAAACAAAACGAAGUAUUUAGUUUCAACAAAUAACUAUAUGAUGACCAAAUUACUUGGAUAAAAUCCACAAAAGCGUGAAAGUCAAAGACCGUGCAGCUGUCCCCAGGCUCUAUUGGCUCCGCAGCUACAAAAAGUGUUGUUGUUUUAUGACAUGGUGAAAGACGAUUUACUUGACGACAGCAUUGUUAUAAACACUAAAAACACUGUAAUUUAAAAUGUAAAAUUCAUUUAUGAUAGACGAAUAGGUUCUGUUACUAUGACAUUUCAAUAAAAUAUGGCCCGUUACAGGGCAUUUUGUACCCUUGAAA